CAUAGGUGAGAAAAUGGCAGUCAUAAGGGAGACUAGGUUUAAUGGAACAGUUCCUACAUUAUCGUUAAAUAGCCCAUCGAAGUCUACAGAAGCCGAAGAUGUUGAUCCAAGGCACGACGAGCUUCACAACAUUCAAAGUAUGAUUCGUCUGACCCGCGAAAAUAUCGACGCACUCAACGCAAAAUUCGCAGGUUUUCAGCAUCCUCCGUCAAUGUAUCUGACAGAGUACCAAGAAUUGACCAGCAAACUUUACGAGUUCCAAGCAAAAGAACACGAAUUAAUCGAACAACUUAGUAAUGGACGUGAAAGCCCGCAGGAUAUAAGUGAACGUAGUGGUUUCAGUAACAAUAACAGUGGUUGUGGUGGUGACAGUUCUCCAAAACUAGUACCAAGAUCUCCUCUUAAGUCAGUGGUGCGUGCCCAUCUACCUAAUCAGCAGAGAACAACAGUGCAAGUGAGACCAGGCCAAACUCUUAGGGAAGCAUUGGCGAAAGCGUUAAAACUACGUAAGCUCACUCCCGAAAUGUGCGUAGUGUACAGAGGUCAAAGUAAGAUUUCCAUUCCAUGGGAGGCAGACAUAUCCUCAUUGGAGGGCGAAGAAAUCACUGUUGAAAUUCUAGACAGGUUUUCAAUUACGACAAGUAUAUCUCACAAUUUUGUAAGGAAAACGUUUUUUUCUCUGGCAUUUUGUGAGUGUUGUACACGCUUGCUGUUCCAAGGAUUUUACUGCAGGACUUGUGGUUACCGCUUUCAUCAGCGAUGCGCUACUGGUGUUCCAGCAUUGUGUCAACAGGUGCGCAUGCAGGACACGUACUACCGCAUCUUACUAGCCCAGAAUCCUGUGACAUCUGCUGGCAUUUUGCAGACUUCAUCAGAUUUUGGUUCUUCGCAUGUGUCAACACACUCCCAACGCCAGUCAGUGCCUCGUCGUCACCCUCCAGCAUUGGGUGCUCGAGAGAGAUCCAGCUCAGCCCCCAACGUUUGUUACAACCUUGUGGGUCAUGGUGUGGAAGGUCCAUUGCUGGAUGAGUUUGCAGGUCGUGUGGCACGGUCGGCAGCGGGUAUGCACCAAGGCCUCGGAGGCACCAGUGGACAAGGUGCUACAUGCAGUCCUGGUGGCAGUCCAACGAAGCCAUCCCACAGCCAGAGUGCCCAGGCUUCUCCAACAAAUACUCUUCGACCAUGGAGACCACGUGCACGUUCUGCCGACGAGAGUGGUAACAAGGUGAGACCUCCACGAGAAUCAAUAGAGGAUUGGGAGAUUCCUGCGGACGAGAUUCUCAUUGGUCCUCGGAUUGGUUCGGGUUCCUUUGGAACUGUAUACAAGGGACAUUGGCAUGGUCCAGUUGCUGUGAAGACACUCAAUGUGAAAGAUCCCACACCUACACAACUACAGGCUUUCAAGAACGAGGUGGCUGUCCUGCGGAAGACUCGACAUGUAAACAUCCUACUGUUUAUGGGUUGUGUGAGCAAGCCACAGCUGGCAAUAGUUACCCAGUGGUGUGAAGGUUCCAGUUUGUACAAACAUUUACAUGUGAUAGAAACAAAGUUUGAGUUAUUGACUCUUAUUGAAAUUGGGAGGCAAACUGCGCAGGGUAUGGACUACCUCCAUGCAAAAAACAUUAUACACAGAGACUUGAAGAGCAACAAUAUAUUCCUUCAUGAUGAUCUCACAGUUAAAAUAGGUGAUUUUGGACUGGCCACUGUCAAAACAAGGUGGUCUGGAUCACAACAGUUCCAACAGCCCUCAGGUUCUAUUUUGUGGAUGGCACCUGAAGUUAUCAGAAUGCAAGAAGAUAGCCCUUAUAGUUUCCAGUCUGAUGUCUAUGCCUUUGGCAUUGUGCUGUAUGAACUGUUGGCUGGUCAGUUGCCAUAUUCUAACAUAAAUAACAAAGAUCAAAUUUUAUUCAUGGUUGGUAGGGGCUAUUUGCGACCUGAUCUCAAUAACUUGCGAUCUGAUACUCCUAAAGCACUUCGUAGGCUUACAGAGGACUGUAUCAAAUUGAACAGGGAUGAACGUCCUCUAUUUAGACAGAUUCUUGCUUCAUUAGAAAGUGCUCUUCAGUCAUUACCAAAAAUACACAGAUCAGCAUCAGAACCUACCCUGAACCGUACUCAGCUUCAGUCAGAUGACUUUUUGUAUAUGUGUGCCUCUCCUAAGACCCCAAUCAAUUCUCAAUUUGGAGCUUUUCCAUUUUCUGUUGGUGGUAUCAUUUAAUUGUCUUUGACUGUAGUAAAUUUCUUUUCCUUUUUCCCCUUUACUGUUUUUUUACUUUUCUUGAUUGCUGUGUAGAACAACAUAGCUUUCCAUACUAAAAUAACGUAAAUCAUUUGAAUAUGACUGUGGAAUUAUUUUUCACAAUUGUCUUCAACAGUAGAAUGUUCAGAGUAGAAUUUAGCAAUUGUGCCUGCACAGUACUUGCAUAUAUGCAAUCUUCCUCAUCUGCCAAAGAAUUGUGAUAAACGAAUAGAUCUUUUGAAUAAUUCCUAAAAAACCAGUGCCAUUCUAAUCUCUCAGUAUUUAUGCCAGCAAGUUGGCCUUAUAAAGCUAGGAUUUUUCUUAUCAAAUACCUAGUAUGUAGUAGUGUGCAUGAAUUCUUUACUCUUCUUCAGUGCUAUUUCAUUGCUUGCUAGCUACAUUUUCUCAAAGCACUAGUUAAGACAUUUCUGUAUGAAUGUAUUUAAGGAGGUAAAAAUGCAGUAUAGCCCAUCCAAGGGCAAGUACUUUGAAAAGUUAAAUUGCAUGCAUAAUUAUAUUUAUUAUUCAUAAAUAAGACAAAAAUUAUUUACUGAAAAUUAAAAUGUGGGACGAGAAGGGACAUCUUAAUCUGUUCGGCGGAUUGUAGUGUGUUAAUAGAUGAAAUUAUGUACUACUAUCUUUAUUCAUAAAUCCUUUCCUUCUCUCACUGCUGAGCUGAGAGAUAAAAAUGCAGAAAAUGGCAUUGAGUCUUAGUAAAUAUGAAGACUGUUGUUUGUUGGUCAUCUGAAGUGAAGUGCUCCCUCAGGCUCAGAGGUAGUUAUAAUUGCAGAAAAUACCAAUAGUGUGUGUGUCACUUGUGUCCAUCACACUACUGGGGGCCCAUUAUCAUCCCACAUUUUUAAUGAUCACAUUCUUGAGUUGCAUUAUUUGAUUUAUGUGACAAUGGUGUAAAAUACUGCUACACUGAGAGUUCAUAAUAGAUUAGAGCAGAUAGCUGGUCUCUUGUUUGACAGCUUAUAAGUGAAUGCCAGAUACAGGAUAUGAAAUGAAAACAGGACACAUUUUUCUCAUAACUCUCCCUUUAGGAAUUUAUAUGAUGGGAUUAAUAAAGAGCCAGUGCUACCAUUUGCAUUGGCAGCAUGUGUGUUCCAGCAUAGACCUAAUGUUCAUAAGAUUAUGCUGAUUAUAAAGAAAUAUAUUUAUAUGGAACAAAGGAA